CAACACCGCCAGACAUGACUGUGAGCCCGUCGGACAGAAUCGUGAUCGUCGGCGGCGGCGUCUUCGGCAUAUCCACCGCGUACCAUCUCCUCAAGCGAGGAUUCACGGAUGUUACUGUGCUCGAGAGGGCGUCUACCGUCCCAGCUCCGGACGCAGCGAGUUCUGAUAUUAACAAAAUCGUUCGGAGCUCGUAUGCGGACUCGUUUUACACCCGUCUUGCUCGCGAGGCGAUCGCAGAAUGGAAGAAAGUCGAAGAGUGGGGUGAUACAUACCAGGAAUGCGGAUGCGUCAUGUUGAGUGCCGGCAACGUCGCCUCGUACACGGACGACGCAUACCACAAUGACAUCGCGUCCGGGGCACGUAUCGAGACACUUGAGAAUGUCACCGCCAUGCGCGCCCUCUUCCCUCCCGAUGUACGCUUCGCCGCCGACGCCGGUCCGGAUACCAUCCGCCAUCUCAACGGGUACAUUAAUCGCGACGGAGGUUGGGCGAAGGCCACUCAAGGCGUCGCUAUGAUGGCGGAAAAGGUUCGUGGAAUGGGCGGGAAGAUCCUACAUGGGAAGGGCGUGGCGAGCUUGGUCAAAGAGGCCUCCCGAACAGUGGGGGUCAAAUGUCAAGAUGGUGAAGUUAUUCCAGCCGCGCUAGUCGUGCUAGCAGCCGGCUCUUGGACAGCUUCGACAUUUCCCGAGUUGGAUCUCGACACUAGAUGCCUUGCCACCGGCCAGACCGUUGCUACCAUCCAGCUCACUGAGGAAGAAGCUGCACGCUAUCGUGCCUGUCCUGUCAUUCUGGAUUUCGGUUCUGGAUUCUACAUGUUUCCGCCCAACCAGCAGAAUAUAGUCAAACUCGCCAUUCACUCGACCGGCUUCACGCGUACUGUCCCCACGCCUGUCCCCGAUGCUCCUACAGGGUCGCAAAGGAAUAUAUCAACUCCAAGGACAAUCACGAGCCACGGCAACGACGGUCUGCGGAUCCCGCGGUCCUCGGUGAAGGCUUUGCGGAGCUUCCUGCGCCAGGUGUACCCUGAGCUCGGCAAAAAACCGUUCAGCGGGACACGACUAUGUUGGUACACUGACUCGCCCGACUCGGACUGGGUCAUCGGACCCCACCCAUCCGACGCCGGUAUCCUCCUCGCAACGUCCGGCAGCGGUCAUGCGUACAAGUUCCUACCUGUGAUUGGCCGCCUGGUCGCGGAUGCGGUACAAGGCGUCAUGGAUCCUGCGUUGGUGAAGAGGUUUGCGGUAGAUAGGGACAUUUUGAAAGAAGAUCGGACUCGUUUGCCGUCGAAUGAAAGAGGGUUCGGAGGUGUGCAGGAGCUUACGGAAGAUAUACUUUGUACGCCGGAAGAUCUACUGCCAUGAAUGCAGUGAUCUCAGGUGAUGAUACAUCAGCAUGGACUCCAGGCUCGAAUAGAAACUCCAUGUGAUCGACGC